AUGGUGAACAACAACAGCAACAUUACCAUUAUGUACAUCAUCAAACCCAAGAUCCUCAAUAUAUUACCGAGGAUCAAAUUCCUCCUUCCCAUGUACAACAUCAAGUCCACAAUUGUCAACUCUUCUGGAUAUGUCCCUGAGCCUCCCAAACUCCAAGCCACUCCCCAAGUUCUCCCAUUUCUACUACCACCUCCUAUAUCUUCUCCAGAGGUGCCAAAGAAAGGUGCUGGACGAAGAAAGUCCAAUACAUUAGACUCUGAGGAAGAGAAGUUCAAAACCAGGAGCAAAGAGGAGGUAAUGCCUAUUCCUGUGCCAACCGAGAGAUGGGUGUACCCUGAACAUCCUGACAAGUUGGGCAAGGUCACAGCAGAAUUCCCCAAGCGUAUUGUUCAGCUCAACAGGCGCGAAAUACGUUGUAGAUUCCGUGGACGUGGCGAGAUCAAAAGAUUGACUACCCAGGUCUUAGUAGUCGAUUCACUGUCUAAUGUGUUCAUACUCACAGACAACUAUGCACCGGUAAAUACUGCUGGCUAUAGUUAUAUUAAUCCACGUGUAGUUCGGCUGACUGAACAAAUGGCGUCCAAGUUGAAAUUCAUCAUUCGACUGAUUGACGAGCGCAACUUCAAAGUCUUUGAUGAGUUUGAGUCAGACUACAUUGACUUUGUCCUCAACACUAAUGACUUUGAAAGUCCUAUCAUCGAAUCCGUUGUGCCUCUCAGUCUAUUCGGACUCUUUCGACUAUUCCGCCUCAAACUUGAUCGAGUCAAGAUUGGAACCGUCAACUUCCUCACUAUCUUUGUUCUGUACCUAGACCCUACGGACAAUGUGUUUAAGGCAGUCUACUUUGUACCUCAACGUUGUAUUAGUAAAGUGAGUACACUCGAAGCCUUGGAUACUAUCACCCUCUACCUUCCCAACAUUUUUGAUGAGAACUUCUUUCUUGUCGCAGACUACUGUUGCUUCCCAAAUACAGAAGGCCAGAAGGAAAAGAACAACAUAGUCCUGGACCCUUGGCCUGGUUGCAACCAAGAUGAACUUGUCAAUCUAAGAAUUAUCAACAGACCCUGGACACGUCCCUUCGAUGAUAUGAAACGCAUUAUUAUUGCCUGA